GUCAAAUUACAAAAAAGAAGAAUAUACUGUAUCUGUCACCAGUUUCCAUAUAUAUUAUAAUUCUCUUUGGUCACCAGAGUCUGUCACCAUCUGCCAAAGUCUAAAAGAAUUUGUAUCGUUUCCUAUAAUUUCCAAUAAUCGAUUGCCACUAACUGUAAACAGUGAUGUCUGUCGUGGUGCCAAUGGAGUCGAACCCUGAGACUAUGAACAAGUAUUUGCAUAAGCUUGGCGUUUCUGAAAAAUGGCGUAUGGUUGACGUGAUUGGCCUCGAAGGGGAGGCCUUGCAGUGGGUCCCUCGGCCCGUGCUGGCUGUCAUACUCCUACUGCCGCUCUCAGACGCGUACGAGCAAAACCGAUGCGAGAAGGAAAACGAUUUUUUGAACAAACGCCAGGAAACACCUAAGGAUAUGUUCCACUUGAAGCAGGUGCUAAGUAAUGUUUGCGGAACUAUCGCUUUGGUUCACAGCGUCGCGAAUAACACCCACCACAUCGAUUUGGACGAUGGGCUGCUGAAGACAUACCUUAAAGAUGCGCAAGGCCUGGAUGCUUCUGCAAAAGGAGCGCUCCUUGAAAAUUCUGUUGCAAUACUAGAAGCUUACAAGGACAUUAUUGACGAGGAAGAGGGGGACGCUGAGGAAACUGUAAACAACCAUUUCGUUACGUUCGUUCACAAGGAUGGCGCACUGUACGAGUUGGACGGCCGAAAAUCGUUCCCUGUUAACCACGGGCCGACCACUUCGGAGACGCUUCUGGAAGAUGCUGCCAAGAUCUGUCGUGAUUUUAUCGCCCGCGAGCCCGAGAACAUCGGCUUCAACGUCGUGGCACUCGUCCCGACCCAAUAAAACGUUUUUUUUAAUUGAUUCCAAUUUAAUGUCAAUGUCGCAAAAUAAAUUUGAUUAUAGUUGA